AUGACAAUGCAGUUUGAAUUCCCCAAAAUAGACUGGGAGGCGGCGGAUUUAUAUCAGGAGUUCCAGCGGUUCCGCAGCCAUGUUGGCUUCGUGUUCGCCGGUCCUCUGUCCGCGCGGGAGAACAAGGAAAAGGCGGGGUGGAUUGCGGAGGUAAGCUGUAUCGGCGUACAAGCCAACAUCUCCGCAACAGCACUGCAACUGCCAACCAGCCACGUCACGUCACACCUGAUGAAGAGCCCUGGCGUGAACCACCAGUGA